UGUGAGUUGGUGACACUGUGUGUGUGUGUGCGCCGAUUAUGAACGAGUGAUUGGAUGAGAGUAGGAAAAAUGUUAAAUCGUGUUUAUAUAUUGGAUAAUGGAGCAUGUAGCGCGAAAGUAGAAUUCUCGGAUAGUGAGAAACCAAGAAUCGUUCCAAACUGUAUAAUGAAGGCUAAAAGUGAACGAAGGAGGCCUUUUAUUGGUGCCCAAGUUGAAGAAUGCAGAGAUGCUUCUGGACUUUUUUAUAUUUUGCCUUUCCAAAAGGGAUAUUUAAUCAACUGGGAUGUACAAAAGAAUGUGUGGGACUACAUUUUCAGUAAUGAGUGCUGCCCAGUGAAUUUUAGUGAAACACCUUUGGUAGUUACAGAACCAUAUCUGAACUUUAGUUCCAUCCAGGAAGCAAUGACUGAAAUAUUCUUUGAAGAAUAUGAGUGCCAGGCUCUCUUGAGAAUUAAUGCUGGUGACCUGAGCAGUUAUCAUUACAGCAAAGAAAACCCUGCUGCACUUUGCUGCCUGCUUGUAGAUUCUGGUUAUAGUUUUACCCAUGUUGUACCUUACAUAAAGGGUAAAAAACUAAAGCAGGGUAUAAGAAGAAUUGAUGUGGGUGGAAAAGUAUUGACAAAUCAUUUGAAGGAAAUAAUUUCUUACAGACAGCUUCAUGUUAUGGAUGAGACCUAUGUUGUGAAUCAAGUUAAAGAGGAUUCAUGUUUUGUCUCACAAAAUUUUUAUAAAGAUAUGGAAAUAGCAAGCAAAAGAGGUCCAGAGAACACAAUAAUUCGUGACUAUGUGCUUCCUGAUUACACAACAUUACGAAGAGGUUACUUGAAGCCCCCAAGUGAAAAUCUCGACGACGGAGAGCAGCAAUGUCUCCGCUUAACCAAUGAACGAUUUGCUGUGCCUGAGCUUCUGUUCCACCCAUCUGAUGUUGGUAUAACCCAGAUGGGUAUUCCAGAAGCUAUUGUGCAUAGUAUAUCUUCUUGCCCACCAGAAACACAUCCCCAUCUUUACAACAACAUUCUGCUGACUGGUGGAUGUACACUGUUCCCAGGAUUUCGGGAACGUGUGGAGCAGGAAGUUCGUUGUCUAGCUCCUAUUGACUAUGAUGUUAAAGUCACACUUCCUUCAGAUCCUAUCACGUAUGCAUGGUAUGGUGGCACACUGCUGACAAAGGAUCCAGAAUUUAAUACUACACUUGUAAUGAGAGAUGAAUAUGAGGAAGAAGGGAUGAAUGUUUGUAUUGAUAAAUUUGAUGUUUGAUGUGCAUAUAAAAAGUGGUGUGUCCAGUGAACUACUGAGUAAGAUUAUAAAUCUGUACAAUGAUGAAUAAAGUUUUAUAUAUUUUU